GAGGCGGCCCUGGCUGCCUGCAGAGACCCGGCCAUGGGGGCCGCCGCCGCCGCCGCCGCCGCCGCCGCCUCCGCCUCGCCCCCCUCCGACCCGCAGGUCGUCUUCCAAACAAAUUCAGACCUAAGCACGCGGCUUCUCCAGUUCGUGGAAGACAGAAUGCAGACUACGAUGCUAACCGGGAUGGUCAUUGGCGCCGCCGUUGCCUUGUCGCUUAUCGGAAUCGUGGUGUAUUUUGUUUACAGGAAGGUCAAGGAUUCGAAGCAACCUCAGGCCCAUGUGCCUCAGUACCGGUUCCGCAAGAGGGACAAGGUCAUGUUCUACGGCCGCAAGAUCAUGCGAAAGGUCACAACUCUGCCAAACUCCCUGGUCGGAAACACGGUGCCCCGGCAGCGGAUGCGCAAAAGGGCUAAAGUCUUGUCCUUGGCGAAGAGGAUCCUGCGUUUCAAGAAGGAGUCCCCGACGCUCCAGCCCAAAGAGCCGCCUCCCUCCCUGCUGGAGGCCGACUUGACGGAGUUUGACGUGAAGAAUUCCCACCUGCCCUCCGAAGUCCUUUACAUGCUGAAGAACGUCAGGGUCCUUGGGCACUUUGAGAAGCCUCUUUUCCUGGAGCUGUGCAAGCACAUGGUUUUCGUGCAGCUGCACGAAGGGGAAUACAUCUUCCGCCCGGGGCAGCUGGACAACAGCAUUUAUGUGGUGCAGGACGGCAAGCUGGAAGUCUGCAUCCAAGAGAGUGAUGGCACAGAGAUGGUGGUUAAAGAGGUCCUGGCGGGAGACAGCGUCCACAGCCUCCUCAGCAUCCUGGACGUCAUCACGGGUCACCCCGCUCCGUACAAAACGGUUUCCGCCCGAGCCGCGACGCCGUCCACCAUCCUCCGUCUCCCAGCCAACGCCUUCCAGGAUGUCUUCCAGAAAUACCCCGAGACGCUCGUGAGGGUGGUGCAGAUCAUCAUGGUCAGGCUCCAAAGAGUGACCUUCCUGGCUCUGCACAAUUACCUUGGGUUGACCACUGAACUCUUCAAUUCCGAAAACCAGGCCAUCCCGCUGGUGUCGAUUGCGAGCGUCACCUCCGGCGUCAGCGCCGGCAAAGCAGUGAAGAGGCAGAUAUCCAAUUUGUCGGAGGAGGAGCGGACGGAGAGGCUGGAGAAGCAGGGCGCAGCGGCGGAGAGCGGAGCAGACGCAGGGAAACCUCCUGGGUCGGAGAACCCUCUCAAGAGGAGCUCGUCUUUGACGUCGUCGUCGUCGGGAUACGCCGAUACUGCUGGAUCCUUGGCUGGGGCGAAGCCAGACUUGGACAUGGCCUACGAGAGAGCCAGGGGCGCCUCCGCCUCUUCCUCUUCCGAGAUGCUUUCCGCCACAGCCGCCUGCAAGCCCAUCCUGAAGAAGACGGUGACGGUGACAGAAACACCCUUGGCCGUCUUCCACUACACCCAGGACACCCUCUCCGUGCAGGAGCCCAGCGGCAGCAAGCAGGUGGACGCCAUUUUGGAGGCCGCCAAGAAGGACCUUUCAACCCUGAUGAAGCUGGAUGAUCCCUGUCUUUUGAACGGGAAAGUGACGCUGCAUCAGGUGACUGCUGGGACCGUGGUGUCGAGGCAAGGCGACCAGGACGUCAACAUCCGGUUUGUGAUCUCGGGGAUGCUGCACGUCUACCAGCGCAAGAUCGACUCGGAGGAGGAGACCUGCCUGUUCAUCACCCACCCGGGGGAGAUGGUGGGGCAGCUGGCCGCCCUCACGGGGGAGCCCCUCAUCUUCACCAUCAAGGCCAACCGCGACUGCACCUUCCUGGCCAUCUCCAAGUCCCACUUCUACGAGAUCAUGCGGGAACAGCCAACGGUGGUCCUGGGAGUGGCUCACACGGUUGUGAAGCGAAUGUCGUCCUUUGUGAGGCAGAUCGACUUCGCUCUGGACUGGAUGGAGGUGGAAGCGGGCCGAGCGGUGUACAGGCAGGGGGACAACUCGGACUGCACCUACAUCGUGCUGAACGGGCGCUUGCGCUCCGUCAUCAGGAUGGACGACGGCAAAAAGCAGCUGACGGGGGAGUACGGCCGUGGGGACCUGAUUGGCGUGGUCGAAGCCUUAACUCACCAGCCCCGGGCGACGACGGUGCACGCGGUCCGCGACUCGGAGCUGGCCAAGCUGCCCGAGGGAGCGCUGAACUCGAUCAAGCGCAAAUUCCCGCAGGUUGUGACGAGGCUCAUCCAUUUGUUAGGCGAGAAGAUCCUUGGAAGCCUACAGCAAGGAGCAGGUCACCCGCUGGGAUUGCACGCCGCCGGCAGCAAAUGGGACGCCAGCAACUCGGCCAGCAACCUCUCGACCGUGGCCAUCAUGCCCGUCUCCGAAGACGUGCCGCUCUCGACCUUCACCCUGGAGCUCAAGCAUGCCCUCUGCGCGAUCGGUCCCACCCUGCUGCUCACCAGCGACAACAUCAAACAGCAGCUCGGCUCGGCCGCUCUGGACAGCAUCCACGAAUACCGGCUGUCCAGCUGGCUGGGCCAGCAGGAGGACAUGCACCGUAUCGUGCUCUACCAGUCGGACGGCAGCCUCACCCCCUGGACCCAGCGCUGCAUCCGCCAAGCCGACUGCAUCCUGAUCGUGGGCCUGGGCGAGCAGGAGCCCACCGUCGGAGAGCUGGAGCGGAUGCUGGAGAACACGGCCGUCCGGGCCCAGAAGCAGCUGAUCCUGCUGCACCGCGAGGAGGGGCCCCUCCCUUGCCGGACCGUGGAGUGGCUGAACAUGCGCAGCUGGUGCUCGGCUCACCUCCACCUCCGCUGCCCCCGGCGCGUCUUCUCCCGGCGGAGCCUGCCCAAGCUGAAAGAACUGUACGAGCGUGUCUUCCAGAAGCCUCCGGAUCAGCACUCGGACUUCUCCCGGCUGGCCCGUGUCCUGACGGGCAACGCGGUGGCUUUGGUGCUCGGAGGAGGCGGAGCACGAGGGUGUUCCCAAGUGGGCGUCAUCCGGGCGCUGAACGAAGUUGGCAUCCCAGUUGACAUGAUUGGCGGCACCUCCAUCGGCGCCUUCAUGGGGGCGCUGUACGCCGAGGAGCGCAGCUACACGCAGAUGCGGAUCAAAGCCAGGCAGUGGGCGAUGAAUAUGAAUUCGGUGUACAAGACGGUCCUCGACUUGACGUACCCCAUCACCUCCAUGUUCUCCGGCGCCUCCUUCAACAGUGGCAUCUGCGACAUUUUCAAAGACAAGCAGAUCGAGGAUCUCUGGAUUCCUUACUUCACCAUCACGACCGACAUCACCGCCUCGGCCAUGAGGGUCCACACGGAUGGCUGCCUGUGGCGGUACAUCCGGGCCAGCAUGUCUCUCUCCGGCUACUUGCCCCCUCUCUGCGAUCCGAAAGACGGGCACCUCCUGAUGGACGGCGGCUACAUCAACAAUCUGCCAGCGGACGUUGCGAGGUCCAUGGGGGCCAAAGUGGUCAUUGCCAUUGACGUGGGCAGCAGGGACGAGACGAACCUCACCAAUUAUGGCGACGCCCUUUCUGGCUGGUGGCUGCUGUGGAAGCGGUGGAACCCGCUGGUGGAGAAAGUGAAGGUGCUGAACAUGGCCGAGAUCCAGACCCGCCUCGCCUACGUGUGCUGCGUCCGGCAGCUGGAGAUGGUCAAGAACAGCGACUACUGCGAGUACAUCCGGCCGGCUAUUGACCGCUACGGCACCCUGGACUUCGGGAAGUUCGACGAGAUUUGCGAAGUGGGCUACCAGCACGGGAGGACCGUCUUUAACGUCUGGUGCAGGAGCGGGGUCUUGGACAAGAUGCUGAAAGACCGGCAGGAGCUCUGUAAAACCAAGCCUUCGUGCCUUAUGACCUGCCCCACGACCUCUUUCACGGACCUGGCAGAGAUCGUGUCCCGAAUCGAGCCGGCCAAGGCUGUUGUGGUGGACGAUGAAUCCGACUAUCAGACAGAAUACGAGGAGGAGGUUCUCGGAAGCCAGAGAGAUGACUAUGUCAAUUUCCUGAGCAACCAGGCCGAAGAGGACUCCGAUUCCGAUCGGGAGGUCCGGCUCCGGAAGCGCGCCAGCGUCAACAGCCAGGACGGCCAGCUUGCAGCGUGAUGGACGGAGCUCGUCUGCUCUGCGUUGGGACGCUCGAACGGCGUCAUUCCUGCCCUCGCCAUGACGAGCUCCCCUGGCGGAAAUGCAGCCGGCUCUUUCUCCUCGUCUCUUUCCUGCCUUCCAGCCAGGGUCGCGAGAGGCUGCGGGCUGCCGGCGGGGGUCGAACCCUUCCUUCCGCCUUCUCCCACACCCCAAACUCUGCCUUUCCUCCAGAAACAUUCCCCCGAGCGGCUGGGCCCCGGCGGACCCCGGGGCCAGGAGGUUUCACGCGGGCCGGGAGGCAGAGUUUGGGGCGAUGAUGAUGAUGAGGAUUGCUUGUUCCAUGAACAAGAAAGAGCUGGCAGAGGGGGGCUGUUUGUGUGAGUGUGGGGGGUGCACGUGUGUGUGUGUGUGUUUGGGUGUGCGUAGAAUGGUGGGGAGCAGAGAGGGGGCGGCUUUUGACACUCCUCAGCAAUCUCACCCCCCACCCCCCGUCCUGCCAGUUCGUUUUGAUCUUGCACCAGCGUCUGCGUCGGGGAUCGAAAAGUUCCGCUGCCAAAGAGCAGGAAGCCCGGAUGCAAAUGCGCAGCGACGCGGGACGCGCCCUGCCUGCAUCUGAUAACGAAGCCAUCUGCCGGAAGCUGACCGUGUGUGUUGCUGGGGGGGGUGGUCAGAUGCAGGACCUUCCCUGGAAGCCCCUUUGUCAUGGCCGGCUUCCCGCUCUGUGCCGUAGAGGCCCCUGGAGGAGGAGAACCUCCCCGAAACUAUCUGGGAGGCCCCGCCCGGCGCUUGCAGCGUUUCGCCUCCCGCGAACGUCCGGCGGGCGUUGCUGCUCGAAAGGCCUCUGUUUCUCACGCUCUCUUCAGGUGUUCUUCGAAAAUAAACAUGAAACAUCCCGAAACCAAA